CUGUUUUUAUACGAUAAUCUCUUGAAUUUUAAUGGAGAGAUUCGUACUCGAAAGCAUUAGAAAGCAUGAUAUACGUAACGCACAUGCAGUUUCCAUCCGUAAAAUGAUAAGUUAAGAAAUUGCGUAACACUUCGGUUAAGAAAGUUAUAUUCGAAUCGACUCACUAAUCAUGAUAAUUGUUUAAUUACUCGAAACGAGGAUCGUUUAUAUACAUUUUAUUUGUGUCAGUAUAAAAAACUUCGGUAGUAAGAAAAUGAAAUGCAUCAAGAAGAAGAAAGACGUCGAAAAAUUUACAAAUGGCGGUUGCAGUACACUGUUUUAUUAAUAAUGUUAUUGUUGCUACACUUGUGUGAGUUUACUACUGUGAAAAUGUAUAAAUUUAUCACUGUAUUAUUACUAGAUGAAUUAAAGUUGUUAUCACGAAAAAAUUCGCGCGUAAAUGUUAAAUACAAACGUCCGCGCGAACAACAUGUACGUAUCGACUGCAAUUCUGAACCGUACUGAAGUCGUUCACAUUAGUAGCCGCCCGGCACCACGAUCUUAUUUGUUUACAAUGAGCUUGUGGGUACAGUAUAUCAAGUCUAUCCCAACACACGUUGAUUAUGAUGGACAAGCACGAGCAGAGAAAUUGUCAAGGAUCAUUGUAACACUAUUUGGGGUAGUUGGAUUGAUAUGGGGAUACAUUAUCCAGCAAUUUUCACAAACAUUCUAUAUACUUGGAGCUGGUUUGGUAAUGGCCCUUUUGGUGACAGUACCACCAUGGUCCAUGUACCGUCGUAAACCUUUAGACUGGCAAACUCCUCAGGAAAAAGAGACAGUCUCAUAUGAGUUAAAGAAGAAAAAAUAGUCUCUUCAUGGUUGUAAAAAACUUGAUAAUGUAAAAUAUUAGGAAGUAAGAUCUAAGUUGUAAUUUAAAUUGUAAUUAAGAUAUGUUCAUGAUAAAGAGAAAUGGAUUACUGUAACUGUAACAGAGUGAACCAAUAUUUUUUAUUUAAUUAACUAACUUCAAACUCGAUUGUAUAUUGUAUCACAAACCAGUAAUACUUGUACCAUUAAAUUGUAUUUAGACUAAAUGCAUUAACGUGUCAAAGACAUCAAUAAAAUGAUGGCAAACCAGA